AGGAGAGGAGAGGGGGAAAAAAAACUCCAGGGCUUGUUAUGGAGUUCGUGUGAACGAAACACGGAUUUCCACCCUUCUUUACCAGUUAAACCAGUAUCUCUGGAUAGAGCACACUCAAGUACUUCAACAGGUAGAGUCUCUGACCGCAAACUCUUCCGUGGCUCCUCUGAAAAUAAUCUCUCCCUCCGUUUUCUCUCUACCGUUUACCUCAAUUGAGUUUCCAGCCCUUUUGUUCGCUCUUCUUAUCACUUGGAAAAAGGUGAACCCUCGUGUUAUUUUUAUUUUAAUCUCUGCUUUAAUUGUAGUUUUUACCCUUGUGGUCCCUGAUGGCUUCGCACAGUGAUACUCUGGUGGUGUUCUUUGGGGCAACAGCUGGUGCAAAUGGGGGUAAACUGGGUUCGGAUGAGAGGGAAAUAAUUCUCUUGGUGUGGCAAAUUGUGGAUCUUCAUGAGAAAAAGGUGGGGAAGCUUCAGAGGUGUCUUGUCAAACCAGACACUUUGGAGCUGACAGAUCAAUGUAAAGAGGAGACAGGACUGACUCUGGACGAAGUCGCCAAGGCUGAGCCCCUGGACAAAGUUCUGCAACAGUUCCAGCAGUCGGUGUCAUCAGAACUGAAAACUCUGGGCAGAAGCUCUUACACACUUUGCGUCGACAGCCCCCUGAUCGUCCGACAGGCCCUCCACCCAGAAGCCUCCAAAAAAAAUCUUGUCCUUCCUGAAUGUUUCCUUUCAUUUGUGGACGUGAGGAAGGAGUUUCACAAAUGCUGCCCCAACGCUGGCCCUGUGGCCAAGCACACACCAGCCUCCAUGUUGGAAUUUGCGGGUCUCCCUGCUGUAUCAGAGGAGAUGUUCGGGGUGAGGGAGGUGAGAAGCAUGGUGCAGCUGACACUUUGCAUCCUGGCUGAUCCUUACAAUCACAAGUUCUCCUGUGUUGAAACCGUGAAGUACAAGUUUGAUUCUGGCACGUGUAAGACUGAGCCGGUGGACAGUGAGACGGUCAUUAGAGCUCGAGGGCUGCCAUGGCAGUCAUCAGACCAAGACAUUGCUCGCUUCUUUAAAGGCCUCAGUAUUGCAAAAGGCGGCGUGGCCCUGUGUCUCAAUGCUCAGGGCAGGAGAAACGGCGAGGCUUUAGUUCGUUUCAUCAACUCUGAACACAGGGACCUGGCCCUGGAGCGCCACAAGCACCACAUGGGGAGCCGCUACAUCGAGGUCUACAAAGCUACAGGAGAGGAAUUCCUCAAGAUCGCUGGAGGUACGUCUAAUGAGGUGGCCCAGUUCCUGUCCAAAGAGAACCAGGUGAUUAUCCGCAUGCGGGGGUUGCCGUUUACCGCCACGCCUCAGGAAGUGCUGUCAUUCCUCGGUCCGGAGAGCCCAGUUACAGACGGUACAGAGGGUCUGCUGUUUGUCAAGUACCCUGACGGGCGGCCCACCGGCGACGCGUUUGUCCUUUUCUCCUGUGAAGAGUACGCCCAGAACGCCCUGAAGAAGCACAAGCAGAUCCUCGGGAAGCGGUAUAUCGAGUUGUUUAGGAGCACUGCUGCUGAGGUGCAACAGGUGCUGAACCGCUACAUGUCCGCACCUCUGAUCUCCACACUGCCCCCCUCACCCAUCGUUCCUGUCCCGGUCCUUGCCACGCCUCCAUUCCUUCCAGCAGCCAGCAACACUAGAGACUGUGUACGCCUCCGUGGCCUGCCGUACACUGCCGGCAUCGAAGACAUCCUGGAGUUUAUGGGAGAGCACACAGUGGACAUCAAACCUCAUGGAGUCCACAUGGUCCUCAACCAACAGGGCCGACCCUCGGGUGACGCUUUUAUUCAAAUGAAGUCAUCAGAGAAGGCGUUUAUGGUUGCCCAGAAGUGCCAUAAAAAGACCAUGAAAGACCGCUAUGUGGAGGUGUUUCAGUGCUCCACAGAAGAGAUGAGCAUCGUGCUGAUGGGAGGAACCCUGAACCGCAGCGGCCUCUCCCCCCCGCCCUGCAAACUACCCUGUCUGUCUCCCCCCACAGCCUACGCUGCCUUCCCUACCCCGCCUGGUAUGCUCUCUGAGGCCGCCCUCUACCAAUCCCCCCUGCUGGCUGCUCCCAGACCUGCUCAGACAGCACACAACCCGGCUCACACACUGGCCUACUACCCUCACCCUCACCCUCACCCUCAUCCUCACCCUCACCCUCACCAACCACACCUGUACAUGAACAUGAACAUGAACUACACAGCUUACUACCCUAGCCCUCCAGUCUCUCCCUCUACAGUUAGCUACUUUGCAGCUCCUCCUGGAGCAAUGGCAGCAGUGGCAGCCCAACCCCACCACGCAGCAGCCGCAGCUUCUUCGGUUCUGCCUCAGCCCGGGGCCCUGGUCAGGAUGCAGGGUCUACCCUACAACGCUGGAGUCAAAGACAUUCUCAGCUUCUUCCAGGGAUACCAGUAUGCGCCUGACGAGUACAGCGGCAUGGUUCAGAUGAGCGAACAGGCCAGGAGUCUGAUUCAGCCCAAAGAAUGGGUCUGUCUUUAGUGGCUCCCACACAGCUGCAGCCAGACGCUGUUCUCAUCUUGUACAACUUCAGUGGGCAGUGCAGCGGUGAGGCCUUGAUCACCUUCCCUAGCGAGGAGAUUGCAAGGCAAGCUGUAGCAGAGCGCUCCAACCAUCCCUUCUACGGCCAGCAGGUCCACCUGAUCUUCUGUAACUGACCAAGAGCCCUUCAUCUGCCUCCUCCUCCCUCACUUUUACCUCCUGUUGCAGCAGCCAUUUAUCCGUACAGUGCCAUUAAAACAGCUGCUGAACCUCCCCCUUUUCCAUCAUCUGUCAUUUAUUGAAGAUUGUGACCCUGCUGGCCCUGACACUCCUGAAGCGACUUGUGUAGUUUGGACAUCUACUGAAGUCGUCAUAAAAGCUUAAUUUUCGAAUGAAUGCCUCUGUGGAUGUCAAGCUACAGCAUUUCUUUGCGGAAAUGAGAUGGUGUGGAGCCUGGACAAACCUGUAUCACUGGCUCUGCAGAGCCAAAUCUGCAUGUAUAUUUAUAUUCUCUAUAUAUAUGAACCUGUACAGAAGUUCUUCCUGAAAUGCUUGAGGCUAUACAAACCACUUCUGCCUUACGACCUCAUCUUUAUAUUUCUGAAUUUGACUCUUAACCACUACGAGAUUUAACUUUUCCUUCAGCAUUUAUGAUCCUUUGUGAUACCUCUAUGCAAAGAAAGAUGUGUGUUAAUGUGCAUGCACAAAUUUAUUAACUUUAUGGCCUUGAGCAGUGUUGUGGCUCCAGUUUUAAAAAAGAAAAAGAAAAAAAAAUUAUAGAGAAAUAUGAGGCUUAAAUAAACAGAAGAAAUCUCAUACAGCAUUGGACUGUCAUGGAUUAAUUUAAACUGACUAUUAUUUAAAACUACAGCAACACCACAGAUGAGCCAGUGUACCAACUCAUUUGUUACUUUAUUCUUUAGGUAAAUAAAAACAUUUGUGAGACUUCUUUGAUGUCAUCCAAUUUAUACCUUCUUCAAGCACUACAGGUUAAUUUGCUUCGAUCAAUGUAAGUGUCUUUAAAAAAGAAAAUUGAAAAAUAGAGUUGAAUUAAAUAUCCUUACAGUUGAUUCAUUUGUAUGUAAAAAAAAAAGACUCAGGCGUAUCCUCGUGUAAUGAUCAGCUAAUAGAUGUCUUUUGUUUUCAGACUAUUUAUGAUCAGUCUGUAGCUUGCCUUAUUUCCUGCUUUAGACCGGAGUACUGUGUAAAAACUGCAUGAGCUUUUUUUCCCUUUGACAGGCCUGCUGACAGCUGGUGUAGUUUUUUUCCCCCAUUUACUGUGCCUACAUUACCCAGAGUGCAAUACUGGCCAAAAACAAGGCUGUGUCAACCUCUGGUGGCAACAGGAGAUGUUUCUUUCUUUUGCAAGUUUGACACUUGUAUGAAUUUAGAUCUUUGUAUAGGACUGUAAACAAUAAAGAUGUUGACAAAGAA